GGAGGAGGAGGCGGAGGAGGAGCAGCGGGGCCGCUCCGCUCGCUCCCGGCGAGCCCAACAAAGGCGACGGGGCCAUGGCGGGCCCCUCGCCCCGCUCCGAGCCGCCCUAAGCCCGCCGAGCACCGCCGCGAUGUGGCCGGGCCGCGGCGGGAGGCGCUGGGCGCUGGCGCUGGCCUUGGCGCUGGCCCUGGGCGGCCGCUGCCCCGCCGCCCACAACGCCUCGGCCGGGCCCCCGCGCUGCCGCCGCCCCGCGCCCUGCGAGCGGCUCCGCUUCGGCGCCUGCCUGGGCUCGGCGCUGCCCUACGCCGCCACCUCCACGCUGCUGGCCACCGACUCCGCCUCGCAGGAGGAGGCGCACGGGAAGCUGCUGCUCUGGUCCGGCCUGCGCAACGCCCCGCGCUGCUGGGACGUCAUCCAGCCCCUGCUCUGCGCCGUGUACAUGCCCAAGUGCGAGGAUGGGCAGGUGGAGCUGCCCAGCCAGACCCUGUGCCAGGCCACCCGGGCACCCUGCACCAUCGUGGAGCGCGAGCGCGGCUGGCCCGACUUCCUCAAGUGCACCACCGACCGCUUCCCCGAGGGGUGCCCGAAUGAGGUCCAGAACAUCAAGUUCAACAGCUCGGGGCAGUGCGAGGCGCCGCUGGUGAGGACAGACAACCCCAAGAGCUGGUACGAGGACGUGGAGGGCUGCGGCAUCCAGUGCCAGAACCCGCUCUUCACCGAGAAGGAGCACCACGAGAUGCACGUCUACAUCGCCGCCUUCAGCUCCGUCACCAUCUUCUGCACCUUCUUCACCCUGGCCACGUUUGUUGCCGACUGGAGGAACUCCAACCGCUACCCCGCCGUCAUCCUGUUCUACGUCAACGCCUGCUUCUUCGUGGGCAGCAUCGGCUGGCUGGCACAGUUCAUGGACGGCGCCCGCAAAGAGAUCGUGUGCCGGGCUGACGGCACCAUGCGGCUCGGGGAGCCCACCUCCAACGAGACGCUGUCCUGCGUCAUCAUCUUCGUCAUCGUGUACUACUCGCUGAUGUCGGGGGUCAUCUGGUUUGUCAUGCUCACCUAUGCCUGGCACACGUCCUUCAAGGCGCUGGGCACCACCUACCAGCCGCUGCUGGGCAAGACCUCCUACUUCCACCUCAUCACCUGGUCCAUCCCCUUCGUGCUCACCGUGGCCAUCCUGGCUGUGGCGCAGGUGGACGGUGACUCCGUCAGUGGCAUCUGCUUCGUGGGCUACAAGAACUACCGCUACCGAGCCGGCUUCGUGCUGGCGCCCAUCGGGCUCGUGCUCAUCGUGGGGGGCUAUUUCCUCAUCCGAGGGGUCAUGACGCUCUUCUCCAUCAAGAGCAACCACCCCGGGCUGCUGAGCGAGAAGGCGGCCAGCAAGAUCAACGAGACCAUGCUGCGCCUGGGCAUCUUCGGCUUCUUGGCCUUUGGCUUCGUCUUCAUCACCUUUGGCUGCCACUUCUACGACUUCUUCAACCAGGCCGAGUGGGAGCGCAGCUUCCGGGAAUACGUCCUGUGCGAGGCCAACGUGACCAUCGCCACGCAGACCAACAAACCCAUCCCGGACUGCGAGAUCAAGAACCGGCCGAGCCUCCUGGUGGAGAAGAUCAACCUCUUCGCCAUGUUCGGCACUGGCGUCUCCAUGAGCACCUGGGUCUGGACCAAGGCCACCCUGCUCAUCUGGAAGCGCACCUGGUGCAGGCUGACGGGGCAGAGCGAUGACCAACCCAAGAGGAUCAAGAAGAGCAAGAUGAUCGCCAAGGCCUUCUCCAAGCGCAAGGAGCUGCUGCGUGACCCGGGCCAGGAGCUGUCCUUCAGCAUGCACACCGUGUCCCACGACGGCCCCGUGGCUGGUUUGGCGUUCGACAUCAACGAGCCGUCGGCCGACGUGUCCUCGGCGUGGGCCCAGCACGUCACCAAGAUGGUGGCCAGGAGAGGGGCUAUCCUGCCCCAGGACAUCUCCGUGACACCCGUGGCGACACCUGUGCCACCAGAGGAGAGAGCCAACCUGUGGGUGGUGGAGGCCGACGUGUCCCCGGAGCUGCAGAAGCGCAGCGGCCGCAAGAAGAAGCGGAGGAAGAAGAAGAAGGAGGUGAACCCCGACCCCGAGCGCUGCCUGGGGGGCUCCGCAGCCCUCGCCGCCCCCAGCGCCGUCCCUCGCCUGCCCCGCCUGCCCCCUCAGCCCUGCCUGGUGGCCUUUGCCCCCGAUGUCCUGCCACCUGUCCAGCCCGAUGCCACCUUCCCCGGGGGCCCGUGGGACGGGCGCCGCAGAGCCAACGUCUUGCACCUCAUCAGCAACCCCUUCUGCCCUGAGAGCAGGGCCGCGGACGAGGAGAGCCCCGGCCCCGCUGCUGGGCGCUGGCAGCACAACGGGGGCCCCCUGUGGCCCCCCAACCCCGGCCCCCUGCCCCGCCCCGGGGGGCCCAGGACUCAGGGCCGCCGCGCAGGGCUGGCCCCCAUCCACUCUCGGACCAACCUGGUGGACGCGGAGCUGCUGGAUCCCGAUUCGGACUUCUGAUCCCACCGGGAUGUGGGCAGGGGAUGGGCUGAGACCCAAAGGCUCCUCCAGCAGCCUGCGAGGGGACACCAGAACCCACCUCAUCCCACUGGGAUCCGUCCCAAAUAUCCCACCAGCGUGGCCACGUCCGAUUUCUCCCCUUGGAGGCCGCAUCUGCAUCAGCCAGACAGACUCGAUGCCCUUCCCAGCCUGGCAAGGGUUUGGGAUUCCCUCCAGCAUCCCUGGGAGAAAGGAGCUGUCAGCGGAACAAGCCCCAGCUCCCACAGGGAUUUAAGGACGAGGGGGACACUCGGGGACAGCGUAGAUCAGGGUAGAUUUUGGGGAGGUUUGCCCCACACCCCGGGGUGCUGACGACCCUGGCUCUGCCCCACCCACGGCUAGAGGUACGUAGAGCUCACACACACUUUGUGCCAAUAGGGAAUUUUUUCUUAAAUUUCUGAUUUUUUUUUUAAUCUUUGUAUCAUGAUGGGGACGUGAUGCCAGGCACGGCCUCUGCUCGGGGUGAGCCCACAGGGGCAGCAGCAGCAGCAGCAUCCUGGGGUGCUCCCCUAUUUUGGGUUCACCCCAAUCCCUUCAGAGAUCCCAAAGUGCCUUCCAGCUCCCCAGAGAGCUGAGCCAGACCCAGAUCGGGAUCAGUGAGGUGCCAGCGCCACGGGAAAUGGGAAGAGAAUCGCCUCGGGCUGCGUGGGCACUCCCUGAGCGAAAAGAAAUCCCCAAAAAACCUUCAAACCUCGGCGUGCUCGAGGUGAAUCAGGGUCAGCAACCCCCAGGGCAAAGCUUUUUGUUAUUUUUUUAGAAAAAAAAAAGAAGAAAAUGAACUCGCAGCAAACCCAGCCGAGCCCUGAGGCAGGAGGGCUCCAGUCCCUGCUGGUGUUUGAUGUGCCCAUUACCCCUGUUUUUAUUAAGUCCUGGCUUUUUUGGGUUUUUUUCUGCUAUCCCAGCGACUUCCACGGGUUCUUUUUUGCUGUGUAAAGGAAAACCCUCCUGUAUCAGUAUUAAAUUUACCGAGUUUUCAUUCCCA